AUGCAGGGCCUGGCAACGGUCGCACUCAGCGUGGCUCAGUGUCAGCAACACCAGUCACAUGUGGACGAAUACCACAACAUGGUGGUCACCUGCAAGUGGUAUGCCCGGUGUCUGCAGGCGGGUAUACGGCUCAACGCAAAGCGUCUCGACGAGGCCAACGGCAGCUACAAAGAAUGCGUCAUGGCGGAGCUGCUUGUCGGCUCAAGGCUUGAUGUGCCGCUGGUGAGAGAGUACUGUGAGUGGGUGCGCGUGCCUGCGCUCAGUCUAGUCCGGUUGUAUGUGAAGAUCGCCAUUGUGGACAGACGUCUGGGCCCCGACGACGACUCAAAGAAGUCACAUUCUACCCACACUACAUCGCGGGAGGUCCUGCAGAACGCUAGAUUCGCAAAGGCUUUGGAUAAGCUGAUCCAGCCAAUGCAUCAGACACACGAGGGCGUGUCUACUCUACUAUUUGAGGAUGUGAUGACUGUGUGCAGUCCGUACGAUUACGAAGCGAUACGGUUUACCAUCGAUUUAAUCACACGAUUGCAGACCACUUGGACACCCGGGAAACUUCCCAUAAAUAAGGAUAAUGAGCGCAGUCACAAGCGCCUUAGCAAAAUGCUACGCCAGGGCGGAGUACUGCUCAAACUGCUGUACAAAUACCACCGAGCAACCGAUGCGCGUUUGUCACCGUCGGAGUGCGAUGCAUUUGAGCAGCAGGACAAAUUGGUACAGAACCUACAUACACAGGGCCCUGUGGGCAAGCAACUAAUCUCUGGCUACCUACACCGCAUGCGAGACCAACACGCUCGUCAGCGUCUGCCCUUCCAUCAGCUCAUGCGCAAGAAGGAAGUCAUGAGUGUCCUACGCAACGACGUCUGCUCACCCGCCGCGGAGUGCCCCGGCGCUACUUCAUCGGACAAUUUAUCCGACACGCUCUCGCCGGCUAGAGGUAUUACUAUGCGCAUGCACGCCAUGGUUCCGCUGAUCAAGAUGCUGGAUAUCGACCACAAGGAGUUCGUGGUUGCUGUCAUGGAUGGUAUUAUUGACGGGUACUCGGCUGCCAUCCAACGAUUGGCGCAUUCAACCGACUCAACACAGAAUGAUUCUCAACAGACUGCAAACGAGUGUGAGCUCCAGACUGGUUUCCUUUCGGUCGAGAAGCAACGGAUAGCAAGAAUAUAUGGAAUGACGUACGACACCAUGUCCGCCCUUGUGAUGUCGUUGCCUGAUGUUGAGACGCGAGUGUUUGUGCUGCAGCAGGCGGCUGAGCGCUUUCCUAUCGGACGGGACAGAGAGAGGAUGCUCUUUGAAGCUAUCAAAGCUGCCGAGAAGUGGCUGGAUGGCACGCCAUCUCGGAGAAUAGCCUAUCACAAUGGGGUCUCGGCAGGUGAAGGCCUCUACGAAGCCACCAUGCGCGCGCUAAAACAAGAGCUGGUCGAACAAUUGCGGCACCAACAGACUCUGUCGCAAUUGGUGGAUUGUCACAUGUGCCAUCCUGGCUUGCAUACCCUCACGGCCAACGCCCUCGAUCUGAGGAGCCUGAUCUGCAGUUUGUACUGCAGACAUUCAGUCACAAUGUUAGAGCUGGAGUCCGCGCAACUACAUGUAACAGUUAACGAGAUAGCCGUGCGUUAUGACUUCAAUGCGACAAGUGUGCGCUCUGGCCUAAUUAGACUGUGGAUCAAGCACCCUGAUGCGGUACCAAAGUAUGACCACAUACAGUACGGGGGGCCUGAGCCAACAUCGGCAGUAGAUGGGCUUUUAACUAACGGUCAAGCCUUGACUAUUUCCGAGGCUGCUAGUAUCAGUCACACGGGUAAAGUCACCGAGACGCUUGCCACUUCUCUUGAGGCUCGCAUAUCACUUGCUGUUGCGCGCGUGUUGUAUCUGUGCCAGGAGGAACUCGAAUCUGCUACCAAUGCAGACCUCCUGUCUGAACUCGUGUUUGCAACGCCGGAUGAAGACGUCAAUGACACAUCUAGAUAUAUCGCCUGGCGUGUGUUGCUGGGCCUAGUACCGCUACAAGAGCUGAAGAUGCGCCUGGACAUGACCUGCAAUGAAGUCCACGAGUUCACGGCCAAACUGCUUGUACUGAGUCGCCUGGCAGACUUGGAUGUCCAGCACAGCGAACGGGAUUUGAGUGACCGUGCAAGUGUGAUACGCCUUGUCCGAGGAUUAUUGUGCAAGCCUGCGGACUCUCUGGAGAAGCAACCAGGCACCGCAUGUGAUGGUCAGGAGAUACAACUGGCGGCUGAUAUCUGUAUCAUUUUCGAUCUCACCCAAUCGGAUACAUGGGAACCGGUACUGGAACAACUGCUUCAGCUUAGGAAGUUCGAGUAUCUGCGCUGCCUACUUGCCACCGAGUACACUCUUAUGUGGCCCACACGUGUGCGGCGACUACAAGCGCGGCCCAAUGAUGUACCGUCGAGUGUACCAAACUUUGUGGAUAUCACCCGCCUGUGGCAAAGCGCAGUGGUGGACCCGUUGUGUGCCGUAGAUUGUACAGCCCCUGCCGCCACGGGACUUGUGUCUUUGUUGGUGCAGCACAACCCGAUAUAUGACCUGAAUAUUCCGCACAUCUUGACCUGCCUGUUACAGCACAGUGAAUCGGCUGCACCGGCAGACGUGACUGUGUUCACCUCCCUGUGUGCUCAACUGGUCGUGUGGGGUGCUGCGUCUCAAUGGAAGACUCAGUUGGUAGAGCUCAUUAAGGCUUCCAAUCACUGCUGCCAAAUCGUUGCGCACUUAGAGGAGGGUGUCGAGGUAAAUGUCUCGCAGGCGCAGGUACAGAAAGAGCUCCUCGCUUAUGUGGCGGAUAAUGAGCUGUUUACCAAGGCACAAGAAACAGGUAUUCUGGGUGUCUUGGCCGAACAUGUUGUCCAUAUCGGCAACAUACGAGGCUUACUGAUCUAUCUACUCGAAAGCCAAAGUGUUGAAGAUGCGCUUGAACUGGUGGAGGCGCACCACGCUCUACAGCAACAAUUACCAAACAGUCAGAAUUGUGAUAUUUCGCUGGAUGAAAAAUCUCAUGAGCCAGAUUGUGCUGAAGAGAAAACCGAUCCUCUCGCGAUGCCAGGCAAGCAAGUUCGUCUCCAACUUUUAGAAUCGUACUGCAGAACGAUGCACAUUGACCUUUCGUUUGGUGAUUAAAAUGUAUAAACCGUU